AUGCGUUUCGCCGGCGUGUUUGCCUUUUCUUCACUCAUCGCCAGUGUCUUUGCUGGCCGAUAUAUUAUCAUUCUUCGACCUGAAGCAGACCUGGACAAGUUCCUGGCCAAGCUGGAAUCUAAAUGGAAUAUUGUGGUGAACAACAAGUUCACUUUCAUCCAUGGAGCUGUCAUUACUACCAAUGACUUUACCACAACCUCUCUGCUCAAGUUCCGCGAGGUCCUCAGUGCUGAGGAGGACAAGAUCAUCGGCAUCGACCCGAUUCUCACAUCUGUCAACCCUGGCGGACCAGAGAUCCCCAGCCCAACUGAACCAACUGUUCACAUCGACCAAUAA